AUGGCGGGGCAGCAGUUCCAGUACGAUGACAGCGGGAACACCUUCUUCUACUUCCUCACUUCCUUCGUGGGGCUCAUCGUGAUCCCGGCCACCUACUACCUCUGGCCCCGAGACCAGAAUGCCGAGCAAAUUCGAUUAAAGAAUAUCAGAAAAGUAUAUGGAAGAUGUAUGUGGUAUCGUUUACGAUUAUUAAAGCCCCAGCCAAAUAUUAUUCCUACAAUAAAGAAAAUAAUUCUGCUUGCAGGAUGGGCAUUAUUUUUAUUCCUUGCUUACAAAGUUUCCAAAACUGACCGAGAAUAUCAGGAAUACAAUCCUUAUGAAGUAUUAAAUUUGGAUCCUGGAGCAACAGUAACAGAAAUUAAGAAACAAUAUCGUUUGCUGUCACUUAAAUAUCAUCCAGAUAAAGGGGGUGAUGAAGUUAUGUUCAUGAGGAUAGCAAAAGCUUAUGCAGCUUUAACUGAUGAAGAGUCCCGGAAAAAUUGGGAAGAGUUUGGAAAUCCAGAUGGACCUCAAGCCACAAGCUUCGGAAUAGCCCUGCCGGCUUGGAUAGUUGACCAGAAAAAUUCAAUUUUGGUUUUACUUGUAUAUGGAUUGGCAUUCAUGGUCAUCCUUCCAGUUGUUGUGGGAUCUUGGUGGUAUCGCUCAAUACGCUAUAGUGGAGACCAGAUUCUAAUACGCACCACACAGAUUUAUACAUAUUUUGUUUAUAAAACCCGAAAUAUGGAUAUGAAACGUCUUAUCAUGGUUUUGGCUGGAGCCUCUGAAUUUGAUCCUCAGUAUAAUAAAGAUGCCACAAGCAGACCAACAGAUAAUAUUCUAAUACCUCAGCUAAUCAGAGAAAUUGGCAGCAUUAAUUUAAAGAAGAAUGAACCUCCACUUACAUGUCCAUAUAGCCUGAAGGCGAGAGUUCUUUUACUAUGUCAUCUUGCUAGAAUGAAAAUUCCUGAGACCCUUGAAGAAGAUCAGCAAUUUAUGCUGAAAAAAUGCCCUGCUCUACUUCAAGAAAUGGUUAAUGUAAUCUGCCAACUAAUAAUAAUGGCCCGAAGCCGUGAAGAAAGGGAGUUUCGUGCUCCAACUUUGGCAUCCCUAGAAAACUGCAUGAAGCUUUCUCAGAUGGCUGUGCAAGGCCUUCAGCAGUUUAAGUCUCCCCUUCUGCAGCUCCCUCACAUUGAAGAGGACAAUCUUAGAAGGGUUUCUAAUCAUAAAAAGUACAAAAUUAAGACUAUUCAGGAUUUGGUGAGUUUAAAAGAAACAGAUCGUCACUAUCUAUUGCACUUCCUAGAAGAUGAAAAAUAUGAGGAGGUUAUGGCUGUCCUUGGGAGUUUUCCACAUAUAACUAUGGAUAUAAAAUCACAGGUAUUGGAUGAUGAAGACAGCAACAACAUCACAGUAGGAUCCCUAGUUACAGUGUUGGUUAAAUUGACAAGACAAACAAUGGCAGAAGUAUUUGAAAAGGAGCAGUCCAUCUGUGCUGCAGAGGAACAGCCAGCAGAAGAUGUGCAAGGCGAUCCUAACAAGAACAGGACAAAAGGAGGAUGGCAACAGAAGAGUAAAGGACCCAAGAAAACCACUAAAUCAAAAAAAAAGAAAACUGUAAAAAAAAAACCUAUACCUAUUCCUCCCUUAUCACAAUCAAAGCAACAGAAACAGAAGCAAGCGAAUGGAGUCAUUGGGAAUGAAGCUGCAGUAAAGGAAGAUGAAGAAGAAAUUUCUGACAAAGGCAGUGAUUCUGAAGAAGAAGAAAAUAGAGACUCCCAGAGUGAAAAAGAGGAUGGUAGUGACAGAGACUCUGAUAGAGAGCAAGAUGAAAAACAAAACAAAGAUGAUGAAGCAGAGUGGCAAGAAUUACAACAAAGUAUACAGCGAAAGGAGAGAGCUCUACUGGAAACCAAAUCAAAGAUAACACAUCCUGUUUAUAGUCUUUACUUUCCUGAGGAAAAACAAGAAUGGUGGUGGCUUUAUAUUGCAGAUAGGAAGGAGCAGACAUUAAUAUCAAUGCCAUAUCAUGUGUGUACACUAAAAGAUACAGAAGAGGUGGAACUGAAAUUUCCCGCACCAGGCAAGCCUGGAAAUUAUCAGUAUACAGUGUUUUUGAGAUCAGACUCCUAUAUGGGUUUGGAUCAGAUAAAACCUUUGAAGUUGGAAGUUCAUGAGGCUAAGCCUGUGCCAGAAAAUCACCCACAGUGGGAUACAGCAAUCGAGGGGGAUGAAGACCAGGAGGACAGCGAGGGCUUUGAAGACAGCUUUGAGGAAGAGGAAGAAGAAGAGGAAGAUGAUGACUAA